GACAGUCACUUCCCAGCGGCCGACGCGCGCGGGUCGCUGUUUACACGGUAUAAUCUGGGCUACGACGAUUUACCAGAGAAUUUUGAUUCGUAGCUUUUGUGGAAAUCGCAGGAAAAAUACGAUGCACCGUGUCAGCUUAUAUUUUACGAUAUAAUUUUUUAAUGACUCCACUAUUAAAUUCUUUAACGAGUAUCAAAGUGUUUAUUACGUGUUUCGAUAGCGUUAUAAAUCAGUCCAAGAAAAAUUACGUUACAAAAGAAUCUAAAAAGUGCUAUUCUCUUCGCUGUUUUGUUGCUCAUUCAAAAGAUUAUUUAACUUUCGUACAAACCGCAAAAACACGGCAGAUGAUCACAAAGCGAGAGUAAUAUGCAUCAGCAGCUUUCACUUUGUCCCCGCACGUUACAAGGAAGUCCGUCACGUGGGGCAUUCAAUUCGUCUUUUACGAUCGGUUCGCCGCAUCAGUCAACCGUACUCACUCCUUACCGUCAUCAAUUCGAAGACAAAACCAUUGUCGCGAGGCUACUUCAAUUGUCGUUUCGCUUUUAUGAGCAUUGAAAAUCAUUUUUUUUCUCUUCGAGAAAUUGCACAGUGCACUGAUGCAACCACGCGUAUGCAGAUUAUGAUUGCUGCAAAUCGCGCUUUGGAUUGCAACACGAUCGAAGCGUGCGUGUAUAUACACGCUGAGACGAAUAAAAACUAGCUCGUUAGAUAAUAGUAUGAUAAUAGCAGUGUAAAGUUUCUGAAAAUGUGUUCUGGAGUAAAUACUCCAUCUUUUCGCAGUGAAAGACAUAUCGUGUUCGUUGUGCUUAGACUACCAUGCUCCACAAUCUCAGUAAACAUUGACGUGUCUAAUCUUCAGAACUUCGUAUGAUGCAGAUAGACUUUCGGACCGUCUCUAUAUCUGUGCAGUAGUUAUCGCUGAGUGCAGUAGUUAUUACUAUAGUUGUCUAUAGGGCAGACGAAACGUGCAAAAGCGAGUCAAAACCGCCAAGCGAAGCAUCAUGACGGCGAGAGAGUAUUUCAAAGUCGUGUUGCUUGGCGAAACUGGCACUGGUAAAACAUGCAUGAUAAAGAGGUACUUCAACAACGUGUAUAAUCCUAUGGAGCCUGCGACCAUUGGUGCAGCGUUCGAAUCGAAGAUCUUCAACGUCUACGGAAAAGAAUAUCAGAUGGGCGUCUGGGACACUACUGGACAAGAAAGGUACCGAGCAAUUUGCAGCCUGUACUACCGAGCAGCCGUAGCUGCAAUAAUCUGCUACGACGUAACGCUUCAACGCUCCUUUCGACAAAUCGAAUACUGGAUCAGUGAGCUGCGUCGAGUCGAAGAGUCCUGCAGAAUCUACUUGUGCGCGACCAAGUGCGACCUUCUCGGUGAGUUCGAGGCCAAUCCACCACUGAGUUUUGUUGAGAGCUUCGCCAGUGAAAAAAAUGCCAAAUUUUUUAAGACUUCUAGUCGGACCGGAGAGAAUGUCGACAGGAUAUUCGACGAGAUUCUGGAAGACUAUGUCUCCAACGUGCUAAUCACACCAGGAAGCACGAAUACAAUAAAGCUGCCGACCAGCAGAACCAUUUGGAAGAGACGAACAAAAAAGUGCUGUUCAGAUCGGUGAAUCAUUGUUAGAUAGCUUAUUAACACUAAGAGAUCGUUAUUUUAUACGUCUAUUUUAUAGUCAUAUUUUUGUAUGAAUGUUACGAAGUGAUACUAAAAUAAAUAAGAUUUUAUUCCAUAAAAAA